UCGAAAUAAAGGUGUAGAUGGCAGUUUGGCUAGCUUGCUAGCAGGCAAACCAAGUAACGUUACUGUGAACUGGGCGACGUCUGACUCUUUAGUGAAUUAUUUCACGGUGUACAUAAUAUAGAUAACUGGUUAAUCGAUCGAACUGUAAAUUAUACAUUAUCGACGAAGAUGGAGGAGAACAGUGCGGAGAUGGUGGCAUCACCUCCAGGCCCAGGAGCUGGGAAGUCCAAGCUGGACACAUUGUCAAAAGAGGACCUGAUCAAGUUUGCCAAGAAGCAGAUGGCUGUCAUGCAGAAGGUGAAAUCAAGAUGCACAGAUUUGGAAAAGGAAGUUGAUGUGCUCAAAGCCAAAUCAAACAGCAGCACGGAUGACACUGUCAUUCAGGAGCUGACAGAGAGGAUGGAUGCAGUCUUAUUGGAGAAGGCGGAAACCCAGCAGAGUCUGGUAUUACUGCGGAAAGACAAUGAAAAAGCAAAGCAGCAGGCACAGGAUGCACUGGAGAAAGCAGCCAGGCUUCAGGAAGAACUGGACCAAAUAAAUGCUGAACACAUGAAGGAAAUGGAGAAUUUGAAACAGACCAUAAACAUCUCUCAUGCUAAGCACAAGGAGGAAGUUGAGAGACUCGUUAAGCUUUUGAAGGAGACAGAGGAAAGCAAGCAGAUAGAGGAGUUGCAACAGCAGGAAGCAGACAGAUCGCUGAAAGCAGAAUUGGAGAGGGUACGGCAGAGCUACGAGGAUAAGCUAUCUGGCCUGCAGCAGCAGCUGGAGGUCACCAGUGAGGAGAGGGGUGCCGAGAUGGAACAGCUGAAGGAGGACCACCAAGCUGCGCUCUCAGAAUCGCAGAAGGAGGUGGAGCGCCUCCGGGAGGACCUGUUGCGGAUGGGGAAGGCUCACGAGGAGGAGGUGAGGGAGCUGACGGAGCAGCUGGAGGCCUCGGCAGCGGACUUCGAGAUGGAGCGGGAGCGGCUGCUGCUGCUGCAGGACGAGCUGACGGAGCAGCUGGCGCAGAAGGACAGCUACCUCCAUGACGUGCAGGAGGAGGAGGAGGAGCCUGGAAAGACCGGGGAGCAGGAAGCCGGAAGAACCCCCAGCGUCUCUGAGGCCUCGGGUCGGGACGACGGGGAUGACGAGGCGGGCCGGCUGAGGCUGGCGCUGGAGGACCUGCAGUCCCAGCAUACCAUGCUACAGGAGGAGCUGACGUACCUGAACAAUGUGAAGACGGAGCUGGAGUCGGAGCUGCAGCAAGCCAGGGAGGAGUUCCAGCUUGAAAAGGAAGAGCUGGAGUUUAAGAUCAACGAGCUGCAGAUGUGUAAGGAGGACGGCGACACUGCGGAGACAAAGGGUUCGGAGAUGAUCCAAGCCUGCGGGAACUGCGAGACGGCCUUCAGUCAACACGAGGAGGAAAUUAAAACCUUGAAGGAGCUCCACAAGGCAGAAGUGGCUGAGCUGGAGAAAGAGCUGCUCGCCAGGGCUGAUAAGGAGAAGGAAAAAAUGGUGCAUGAAGUUGAGGAGCUCAAAGAGAGGUGUGACCGGCUGUCUGUGGAGAGGAAUUCUGCUAUUGGCGAGUAUGAAGCAACAAAAGAGAUCCUACGCAACCUGGAGCUAGAGCUGGGUGAAAAGACAGGAGAUUUCGUCAAGCAGUACAAUGCUAUGAAGGAGCAGGGAGCUUUAGCAAUACAGGAGCUGCAGCAGAAGCUAAAGGCUGUGCACAGUGAAAGGGAUAGGCUGCUGGAGCAGAUCAGGGGCCUGGAACUUGUGUUAGAAGAGUCCCAGCAGAAGGAGAAGGCUGUGGAGGAUCUGGAAGGCUCACUGGGGGCUUUGCGGAAGAAGAACGGGGACAUCCUGUCCCUGCUGCAGCAGAAAGAGAGUGCUGUGCUGGAGCUCGAGGAGAGGCUCACAGCUCUGUCCUCUGAUAAGCAGACCGUGCAGAGUUUACUAGAAAACGCAAAGGAGGAAAUCACAAGGAUUAGGGAGGAGUGCACUACAGAGCAGGAGAAAACUUCUGCACUGGAGCUCAGUCUUCGAGGCCUCACCCAGAGCAAUGCAGAGUUGCAUCAGAAGCUGGAAGUGUCGGAAGCCAGUUUGGCAGAUGCCCUGGCCGAGCGGGAGAGGAUCGAGCAACAGGCAGCUGCUCUAGAGAGCAGACUUUCUGAGGCAGCAGCGGAGAAGGAGCAACAGUCCUCUGAGCUUACGGCACUGAACGAGGAGGUGACCGAGCUAAGGAAAAAAGAGCAGCUCCUGCAGGAAGACAUCAAACAUCUCAGAUCAGAGGACCUCAAGAGUUCCAGUGAGGAAAUGGUGGAGCUCAGUAAGCAGCUACAGUCCGUUUCAGGUGAGAGGGAUGCAUUGAAGACGGCAAUCGAGGCAAAGCAGGGUCAGCUCUGCGAGGUGCGGAGAUGCGUCUUGGAGCUUCUGGACCAGAGGGACGGAGAGGGUGAGACCAGUGACAUCCCUGCCUUGGUGGAGAGCCUCCUGGCUAAGGUCCUGCAGGAGAAACAGGAGCUGUUGUUGCAGGGCGAGGAGAGGGCAGCCCAGCUGACGGAGGAGGUGGAGAGGGUGAAGGACCAGAGCGACCAGCGGGAGGCCGAGCUCCAGGCUCGCGUGGAGGAGCUGGGUCAGGAGAGAGGUCUGCUGAAGGCAAGCCUGGACGAGGUGCUCGCCGACACAGAGGCCCUGCAGAGGGACCUUGCUGAGAUGAAGAACGCCAACGAGAAGAUCAGGACUGAAAACCAGGAGCUGCUCGCUCAAAUUGCAGAGGCAGCAGAAAAGCUGCGGGCCAAAGAGAACGAAGGCCUGUCUGAAAUGGGUGACAAGGCGUCAGAUGAAAGCACCGGAGAGGUGGAGGACCUACGGCAGCUGUUGGAGGAAAAGGAAUCCCUCUUGUCCAAACUUCAGGAAGACAUUGCACUUUUACAGAAGACCAAAGAUGAGUCUGCUGCUACUGAAGACAGCAGUGUCACGGAGCUCACUGAAAAAAUAGGUGUUCUCCAAAAAGAGAAUAAAGAGAAAGAGGAGAAGAUGAACAAGAUAAAAGCAGUGGCAGUGAAAGCCAAGAAAGAGCUGGAUGUCAGCAGGAAAGAGGUCCAGUCGCUGAAGGAGGAGGUUGAAGCUUUGAAGGAAGAGCGGGACAGGGUGUCCAGCUCUGUGAAGGACAUCAUCCAUGGAGCGGAGGGAUACAAGAACCUCUUGGCAGACUAUGACAGACAGACUGAGCAGCUGGACAAGGAGAGAGAGAGGGCAGAGGGGGCGGAGCGACAGAUUGGAGACCUCACCAAGCGCCUGCAAGCAGCAGUCCUGCAGCAUGAGCAGCUAACCUCAGAAAGAGAGGACCUGAUGGCUCGUCUGGAAACUCUGCAGUCCAAUGUCAGGCACCUGGAAGCCCAGGCUUUAGAAAUGCAGAAGCUGAAAUCCGUGCUUGAAAAAGACCUGGAGGGAGAAAGGCUUUUAAAGGAACAAAAAAUAAAGGACCAUUCAGCUGCGGUCAGAGAGGUGGAGGAGCUGCAGGCCCAGUUGCGCAAACAGAAGCAGCAACUGCAGCAAACUGCACAGGAGCUGGAGCAGCUGAGAAAGGAUGCCCAGCAGAGCACUCUAAUGGACAUGGAGAUGGCUGACUAUGAGCGCCUGGUCAAAGAGCUCAAUCAGAAACUCGUGGACAAGGAGAGCCGGAUUGAGGAGUUGGGUGCAGAGAUCCAGACCCAGAAGAAGAAAGAGGAGGCGCUUCAAGAGGAAAUAGUGUCUCUGAAGUCACUUGUUAGCCAAGGGGAAGAAAAGGCCUCCAAGAUGAAACAGCUGCUGGUCAAAACAAAGAAAGACUUAGCUGAUGCCAAAAAGCAGGAAGCGGCUCAGAUGGUUCUGCAGGCAUCGCUGAAGGGGGAGCUGGAGGCACAUCAGCAGCAGGUGGAGGACUACAAGAUCCAGUGCUGUGAUCUGACCGCAGAGCGGCACAGGCUGCAGGAGCAGCUGAGGGCUGUGACGGAACAGCAGCAGAGAGCGGCCACUUCCUUCCAGCACAGACUGACCGCUCUACAGGAGGAGCGCAACACUGCCAAGGCCGAGCUGGCGUCAACUACCUCAGAGUUUGAGAGCUACAAAGUGCGUGUGCACAACGUCCUGAAGCAGAAGAAAAACAAGAGCGCAGCCCAAAAUGACAGCGACGUCUCCAAACAGGAAAGGGAGCACAUGGAGGGCCUGGUGGAGCAGCUGAGGGGGCGGCUGCAGGACACCCAGCAGAGCCUGCAAACGAGCUGCGCGGAGCUGCAGCAGCUGCAGGCAGAACACGACACGCUGCUGGAGAGGCACAACAAGAUCCUGCAGGAGACCGUCGUCAAGGAGGCGGAGCUCAGGGAGAGGCUCAUCACCCUGCAGUCCGAGAACAUGGCCCUGAAGUCCGAGCACGCUCAGACGGUGAGCCAGCUCACCGCCCAGGCGGACGCCCUGCGGGGCAGCUUCCGGGAGCAGGUGCGCCACCUGCAGGACGAGCACAGGAACACGGUGGAGACGCUGCAGCAGCAGAUGAGCCGGCUGGAGGCUCAGCUCUUCCAGAUGCAGAGGGAGACCAGCGUAACCAGUGCAGCACCAGCACAGCAGGUGAGGAAGACUCCACAGGAGAGGAAGCCCACGGAGCUGCCUCUGUUUGACCUGCAGUCCAUGGCACGGGAGGAGGGCGAGGGCAUGGAAACCACGGAGACCGAGUCCGUGUCCUCAGCCGGGACACCUCUGCCUUCUCUGGAGCAGCUUCUCACCUCCCCAGACCCCAAACAGGAGCCCUUUGUUUGGCAGGUGGAGCCCACCAAAGAGGAACUGAUCCAGAAGCUGAGCACAGCCACCCGUAGCAUGGAACACAUGAAUGGCCUUUUGCACGAGACUGAGGCCACGAACGCCAUCCUCAUGGAGCAGAUAACGCUCCUGAAGAGUGAGAUGCGGAGGCUGGAGAGGAACCAGGAGCGGGAGAAGUCUGUGGCCAACCUGGAGUACCUGAAGAACGUGCUGCUGCAGUUCAUCUUCCUGAAGUCGGGCAGCGAGAGGCAGGCCCUGCUGCCCGUCAUCCACACCAUGCUACAGCUGAGUCCAGAGGAGAAGAGCAAGCUGGCGGCCAUCGCUCAGGGAGAUGAGGAGGUGGCAGCUGGGUCCCGAGCGUCGGGCUGGACCUCCUACCUGCACAGCUGGUCAGGGAUCCGAUGAGGAGGCGAGAUCCGGACUGGCCUGGGUCCACACAGGUUCCACUUACGGCACACCCCCCAGCCACACCUCUGCUUUGUCGGCACAUCACUUUUACGCAGCAUGCCUUUAAUUUUCAACAGAUCUAUAUUUUUGAUAAUCCAGAAUUUUUUUUUAGAGGCUUUUGUAUACUUUAACAUUCACAUGAAGGCAAGCGGGCAUAUGUGCAUAUUUGUUUCCAGUACUUUUGGUCAGUAACUGAAUCUUGGUCUUCAUUUUAGACCAUGUACUGCACUGUUUUAUCCCCCUUUUUUUGCAAAUUCUGUGAUAUUUAUUAUCUGGAAAUUCUUUUUUUUGUUCAGCUUUCCAGCCAAUGUGAUAAGUUUAGCAAUGGGCAUACCCACAGCAUUUCUCCCAUUCCUCCAUCAACACAUCUUCUGAUAGAGUUCACUGGUAAAUCCAAAGCUAAGUUCUAAAUUGCUUUUGUUGUUAGUUCAGCUCAAUUACAGUUGUGUGCGGAAGUGAAGAGAUACUUGCCGUGAACUCAAGUACUUUAAGAUAUUUACGGUGUUCAGACCUGCGUUGACCUGACAGAAUCAUUGCUUGCAUGGUUAUGAUGUCAGAGGUCUCACUUGCUAGUCAGUGCACAA